ACUGCUCUGCUUAUCGGGGCGCGAUCUUGGGCGAAACCAUUCCUCCGCGGAAAAAAAAAACAAAGAAAAUAAAACGGAAUAAUCUUCCCUUCUUCUCCCGUUAUAACGGUCUCGGCCAACCAACAAAGCUAAUCAAAGGAAAGAAGCGAGAGAGCGGGAAAGCGAGUCGCAGAUCGCAUUCUUGCCCCAUCCAUGGAGGCGAACCAGCCGGGAUCCGAGAGAGACAAAGGGAGCUUGCCGUCCCCCAUCGCCGUCGUCUGUAGCUUCUGGAGAGAUUUUGAUUUAGAAAAGGAAAGAAGUGGGCUUGAUGAACAGGGACUAAAAAUUGCUGAAAAUCAGGAAAUUAGUCAGAAGAACAGGAGGAAGCUAGCAGAGAGUACUCGGGAUUUCAAGAAAGCAUCAGCAGAUGAGAAGCUAAAUUUGUUUAACUCCUUGCUUAAGAAUUAUCAAGAAGAAGUUGAUAAUCUUACAAAGAGAGCAAAAUUUGGAGAAAAUGCAUUUCUUCACAUCUACCAACAGCUUUAUGAAGCUCCAGAUCCUUAUCCAGUUCUUGCCUCAAUUGCUGAGCAAGAUCAAAAAUUUUCUGAACUUGGAUCUGAGAAUCGAAAAAUGAAGCUUGAGCUUGAAGAGUACCGGACGGAAGCUACUCAUCUAAAGAACCAGCAGGCUACUAUUAGAAGACUUGAAGAGAGGAACCGCCAGCUUGAGCAACAGAUGGAGGAAAAAGUGAGAGAAACUGUGGAAAUGAAGCAACGUAGCCUGGCUGAAGAAAACCAGAAAACUCUUGAGGUCCUGAAAGAGAGGGAACUUCUAUUGCAGGAUCAACUAUGGCAAGCCAAGGAAAGUGUGUCAAAUAUGCACAAACUACAUGAGUCUGCUCAAAGCCAGUUGCUUGAACUUCGUACUCAAUCAGAGGAAGAAAGAGCAGCAAAGGAAUCUGAGGUCAAUCUUCUAAUGGAUGAGGUUGAACGAGCUCAAGCACGUCUACUGAGUCUUGAGAGGGAAAAGGGAAUUUUGCAUUCUCAGCUGCAGUCGACAAAUCAAAAAAAUGAAAAUACAAGUGACUAUUUGGAGUCGAGCAAUAUCCUUGAGAGUUCCUUGAAUGCGAAGGAGAAGAUAAUCUCUGAGUUAAACAUGGGACUCCAUGAUAUGGAAACUGCUUUAUCUAAGGAGAGGGAGCAGCACAUGAAUGAGAUCAAGAAGUUGAAUGCAUUGCUCAAUGAAAAGGAGACUGCUCUUACAGAGAUGAGAAAAGAACUUCAAGAAAGACCUACUGCGAAACUAGUGGAUGAUCUGCGUAAAAAAAUCAAAAUUUUGCAGGCAGUUGGUUACAACUCAGUUGAGGCUGAAGACUGGGAACUGGCUUCCAAUGGGGAAGAGAUGAGCAAGUUGGAGUCCCUUUUACUUGACAAGAACCGAAAAAUGGAUCAUGAAUUGACACAAUUGAAGGUUCAAAUUUUAGAGAAAAUAAAUUUGCUGGAAGCAGCUGAAGCGAAGAUUAUGGAACUAACUGCAAAGGUGGAUGAACAACAGAAGUUAAUUACAAAACUAGAAGAUGACAUACUAAAGGGUUGCAGCUCCACUGAACGGAAGGGCUCACUUUUGAAUGUUUGGGACUUUCAGGAGAUGGGGACAAGUGAAAUUUCUGAGGGUACAGAUCAAAGGCAUACUUCAGAUCAAGAUCAAAGUUCAAUGCUAAAAGUAAUUUGCAAUCAGCGUGAUCGUUUUCGAAUGCGCUUACGAGAAACAGAGGAGGAAAUGAGGCAAUUGAAGGAGAAGAUGGGGAUGCUAGCUGUAGAACUGGAGAAUACUAAGGCUGAUAAUGUGAAACUCUAUGGGAAGAUCCGUUAUGUCCAAGAUUAUAAUCUUAAGAGGCUCGUCUCUAGAGGGCCAAAGAAGCAUGCAGAAGAUAUUGAAAGUGGUUUCAGUUCGGAUGUUGAGUCCAAGUACAAGAAGAUGUAUGAGGAUGACAUAAAUCCCUUUGCUGCUUUCUCAAAGAAGGAAAGGGACCAAAGGUACAAGGAACUUGGUUUAAGAGAUAAAAUUACACUGAGCAGCAGCCGUUUUCUUCUUGGCAACAAGUAUGCUCGAAUAUUCUUAUUCUUUUACUCUAUUGGGUUGCAUCUCCUUGUAUUUACAUGUCUUUACAGAAUGUCAACCUUAAGCCAUCUCUCAGAGUGCAGCACCAGUCAUGGCCAUGACGAAGUUAUUCUUGAUGCUGGGAAUCAUACGCUAUCUCACGCACUCUAAGCAACUAAUCGGACGGUGCACCUGUAUUUUACGAGUUUAGGUUUUUCAUGUAAGAAGCGCCAUUCUUGGCUCCUUUGUUAAAGGGGCAGCCAAUGUACAUAAGAUCAGAACAGCAUUCUGAUUUUGUUUGUAUCCAAGUAAUAUGCAGCAGUUCACUUACAGGCAUAGAUGAGAAAGGCACGUGCGGAACAUGCGCGUGAAUUGGAAAUUCCAUUCCGUGCACUGAUUUCGCGUGCAGCAGCCCAAAGUUUUUGUUUUGUUUUUUC